AUGUGUCUGUCCUGCUUCACGCAGUUCAAGCAGAAGGACGGCGCGAGGUACAAGACUCAACUGGUCCAAGCUGUAGACUCGCUGUUCGAGAAGGCGACGACACGCGCGUUCACGCGCAUGGCUGCAGUGGUGCUGCAGUGGGUCUUCCAGGCAUGGAGAGCUGCGGCCAGGCGGUCGAAGUGGAAGCACAGACUGGCUGAGCGCAUGCUCCAACAGAGCCGCAUGCGUCGACUGUGGAAAACGUGGCAGGUCUUCCUCUACGAGCGGAGAAUUGUCGGUGCCAUGUUGUAUGCAGAGUCCCAGCAGCGAGAAACCAACGAGAAAGCCAAGGAGGUGGCGAAGCUUCAUGGCGACGGCUUCGAGCGUGAGUCUGCGGCCCGUGUACACGAAGCACUGCAUCGAGAUACUGUCAAGAAGCUCGAGGCUCAGCUCGCAGCUCUGAAGGCGUCGUCACUGGCCAAAGACCGCGAGUUGCUUGAGUUGCGCAAGGAAUUGCGAGAGAAGCACGCACUUGUGGAUUCGUUGCAGACGCAGGUCAUAGAUCCGUGUGAGAUAGAGAGGAUGCGAGUCGAAAGCUCCGAAUACAAGAAGGCCAGCUUCCAACUCGUGGGUGCGCUAACACACACGAUGGAGGCCCAAGUGGAGGUGCUGACCUCAAGCGAGGGCCGCCAGAAUCUCAGCGAGAUCUUCACGCGCGAUCUACUGCUCGCGAUCGAUAAGCCUGAAAACGCGGCGUUCUAUAACCCGCUGGUGGAUAUGGAGAGCGCAGCCUCGGCUUCCAGUGCCAGUGGCGAAGCAACCAGCAACAACUUCAUGCUGGCUUAUGAGGCUCCGGUAGAUCGAGCGGACGUGAUUCUAACCCAGUGGGUGAACUCCCUGGUCGCUCGACAACCGCAUGACUGGCUGGCAGCGCCUCGUAUGCAAAACUUCCAUUCGAGCCUGAACGACGGCAAGAUUUACGCUGUGAUCACUAAGCUGCUGCACGCAGCCAUGUGCCGAACGCGACUUCGCCGACCUCCAGGUGCUACCGUGUCACGACUCGAAGCCACGUCAGUGUUGCGUGAGAACGGCGAGGAUCUAACAGAAAUUGCGAUGGAGAGAUACCUGGAGCAUGUGCGUCGCGAGACUAGUGUGGAGAAACGGUUGGAACUCAUGAUCAACACGCUGGGUCAGGCAAUGUGGCUGCCUCUCGGACUGCUCAAUACCAAGGAUAUUCGUGCUGGCCACGCCGAGUUCAACUUUGCAGCACUUACCUAUCUGUUUGUCACAUUCUCGCCGUGUCUUGCUCCAGACUACUACUCAUUGUGCGCCGAGCUGACACAGCAGCUGGAGGCGGUGAAGUCCAAGUGGCGCGAGCUUCAGGGCGACAGUAUGACUACAGCUGCAGCUUUGGCUACGGGGUCCGACUCGAGUACGGGGGAGGAGAUAUCCAUGAGCAUGCGCGUGAAGCUGGCACUAUCGCAGACACUUGAAUUGAAGCGGCGUAUCGACUCGGAAGACGUCAAGUCACGUGAGGGUCAUUCUCUCUGGGUCAAAGCCGAACGCAUUGUGAUGAGGAAGUGCUUCCUGUCCUACGCACGACUGGCACGCGGUAAAGUUGGCGUCAUGUCGAAGCUGGAUUCAUCUCUGGGCGAUGAGAACGAGGCGUUCGCAAAGAUCCCCAAGCACAAACUACAGGACUUGGCGCUGCCAUAUGAAGACUUUACGUGGGAAGCCAAGCUACUGCAGAGUUAUCUGGUGACGAUCUAUUGCGACCUGGCGCGAAUUUACCGCAGCUAUGCUACCCGCUCCGGUGUCAUCAAUGAUACGAUCAACGUCGGUGAGUUCACGGAGCUGCUGGCCGAGUGUCAUGUGCUAGAAGGAAACAUGACUGCGGCAGACCUACAGAACAUCAUCCGAGCCUUGGAUCCGAAGAGUAAAACUGUAAACGCACAUCGCGCUCUACCUCCCAUUGAGUUCCUGGAAGCGCUCAUCCGGGUGGGACGUAAGAAGUAUCCUGUCGAAACAAACCGUGUGACGAUCUCCGAGGCAUUUUGCUUGUUCGUCGACAACUUCAUUCUCCCGUUCGCGUUCCGUUCUGAUGCCGAUUUGUUCCGACAUCAGCUCGAUGAUGCAACGAUUCGUCGGCUUCUCAUCAAGUACGCGGGCGACCUGAAAAACCUCUACGAUAAAUAUGCCGUCGAGGACCCAAAGGCGAAAAACAAGUCGGAGCGAGUCACCGCCUUCACCUUUAGCCAGUGCCUGCUGGAUCGUGGAGUGCUCGACAUGACGCUAACAUCGGGCAAGAUACUAGGGAUACUCAGCAAAGUCUUGAGGACGACGAAGGGAGCGGGGCCAUCAGCUCCUACCGACUCCUUUUUAUCUUCAAAAGGUGGGCGUCGAGCUGGUGAAGACGACGAUGUCACGUACCCUGAGUUCGAGGAAGCACUCAUCGCCGUCGCCUGCCAUAAAUUUCCCGACCCUUAUAUCUCACUAGAAAGCCGAGUAGAGAAGUUUUUCUCCGUGUACAUACGCGAGCGGAGAGGCUAA